GUGUCAAACAUGCAUGUUUGUUUUAGUAGUCUCUGAAAAACUGUGUUGACCAGUAGUGAAGAAACAGCCACUGACAGGAUUGCAUUUUUCUUUGCCUUGGCGAUAUUCAUCCCUAUUUCAAAGUACUCUCAUACUUAAAGGGGCUCUUUGGGGCCACUUUCAACAAGGUGCUCAUCAUAUCUUCCUACCCAAGAGAAACCAUGCAAGUCACUGUGGCAGCCCCACUUUGCUUCCCUCCACAUCCUGCUCUCUUCCUCCUGACCUGUCUCCUGUGGGUGUUCCCAACUCAGAGCCACUCUGGCAACAUCCUGGUGUACCCUGUGGACGGCAGCCAUUGGCUCAACAUGGACAUCCUCCUGCGAGAGCUGCACCAGCGGGGGCACUCUUUAACGGUGGUCCGCUCGUCCACCAGCUGGUACGUCCCUGAACACGCCCCCCACUACUCCUCCGUCACAGUGCCGGUGCCCGGGGCCAGCAGCCUGGAGGACCCACAGUACAUGGCACACUUCCUGAAGAGGAGCCUGGAGAUAUGGACACGAGAGCGCUCUGUUUUGUCCUUCAUUGAGCUACAGAAAGAGACAAUUAAUUUGCUGGAGGAGGCCCAUCGCGGCAGUGCUGAAAUGGCCCUCUUAGCCAUGGAGGACAAACAAUUAAUGGAGAAGCUGAAGGCAGCCAACUUUGAUUUAAUGUUGACUGAUCCUGGAUUUGCAGGAGGAGUUGUAUUAGGGAAUUACUUGGGUCUUCCUAUUGUGCUUAACGUUCGUUGGAUCACUAAUGCAGAGGGACACUUUGCAAUUGCACCUUCGCCCCUUUCUUACAUACCAACUAUCGGGUCACUGGUCACAGAUAAAAUGAGCUUUGCCAACAAACUGAAAAACUUCUUGCAUUAUGGAAUUGCUCUUUAUAUUGAUUAUGGCAUAACAAGACCCUUAUACCAGGGUGUGAUCAACAAAUUCAUCGAUCCAAACACCAACAUCUAUUCUCUCAUUCAAGGGGCUGACCUAUGGCUGAUGAGAGUGGACUUUGUGUUCGAGUUCCCACGCCCCACCAUGCCCAACGUGGUCUACAUGGGGGGCUUCCAGUGUAAGCCUUCUAAGCCUUUGCCCGCAGAGUUAGAGGCAUUUAUGCAGAGCUCGGGGGAACAUGGGGUCGUGGUCAUGUCUUUGGGGAGUCUGCUGGGUAGCCUCCUACCGGAGAUCUCAGAGGUCAUUGCUGCUGCCUUCACCCUCCUGCCUCAGAAGGUGGUGUGGAGACACACGGGAGAGAAGCCCUCUACUCUAGGCAACAACACACUGUUGGCGAACUGGCUGCCUCAGAACGACCUACUGGGCCAUCCCAAAACAAGAGCCUUUGUGACACAUGGGGGUACCAAUGGGAUCUAUGAGGCCAUCUACCAUGGGGUUCCCAUGUUAGGCCUUCCUCUCAUCUUUGACCAGUUUGACAACAUGCUGCGUCUACAGGCCAGGGGUGUGGCUAAGGUUCUCGAGGUGACGGCCCUAAAGGUGGAACCUAUGACACAGGCACUGACAGACAUCAUGGACAACAGGAAGCACUAUAGAGACAAUAUGCGCAGGAUGUCAAAGCUCCACCAUGAUACACCUCUCAAACCAAUGGACAACGCCAUCUUCUGGCUAGAAUUUGCCAUGAGACACAAGGGUACAGCACACUUGCGCACUGAGUCCUACAAGAUGCCCUGGUAUGCUUACCACAAUGUGGAUGUGCUGGUACUUCUCCUGACUGUUGUAGUCUCUGUUGUGUUACUAACGCUAAUGACUUGCAAGGUUUUAGGCAGGGCUCUUUGCCGAAAGAAAAAGGAAAAACUGCAAUAAUUUCUGAAGAAUUUGUUUUACAUUCUACAGUACAUUCAAAUUAUCUGGUGCAAUUGAAAUCCAUUACAAGACAAAUGGGCAUGAAACUUGGUCAAAAUCAGACUAUAGAUGAUUAAUCAAUCCCUUUUUCUUGUAAUAAAAUAAAAACAGCAGUUUAGCAAAUGUUAAAUCAAUGCAAUCUUGUUAAUGUCACAAUAUUGCUAAUACAACAUUUUUAUAGAUUUUUAAAUAACAGUUUUUUUUUUACAGACAUUAAAAUGUACCCAUCACCUAUAACCAUGUUCAUAUUCACAUAAUACCACAAUCUCUUUCUUGGUCAACACACAAUAAUUACAAAAUAAAUUGGUCGACACAACAAUGUGA